AUCCCAAGAUUCCGCUGUUUCUGCAAUGACCUCGCCGAUAACGGAGUCGGUAGUGUAAGCAGUGUUGUGUGCUCUCCUUGCAUGGUGGAUGAUGGCCGCUUCAAAGCCCGUUGAGCCGCAAUCCGGGAGCAGUCUCCCUCGCUGGCAGCUGGCCCUCCUGAUCGGAACCCCCAUAGUGCUGGGUGUAGGAGCUGUUUACCUGUGGAACCGCAGCAAGACGAAGGACUCACCAGGGAAACGGAAUGGGGAACGGACAACUCCAGAAGGCAGCGCGAGCCCCGUCCAGGGCCAAGACGGCGCAGCUAACCGAACCAGUCGCGAGCUGGAGGACAUGAGUCCUCUGGACCGGGCCCAGGGUGCUAAGAACAAGGGUAACAAGUACUUCAAAGCUGGGAAGUAUGAGCAGGCCAUCCAGUGUUACACAGAGGCCAUCGGUCUGUGUCCUAGAGACAACCAGACAGACCUGUCCACCUUCUACCAGAACAGAGCUGCUGCCUAUGAACAGCAGAUGAUGUGGACAGAGGUGGUGCAGGACUGUACCCAGGCUGUAGAGAUGAACCCACGCUACAUCAAGGCCCUGUUCAGGAGGGCCAAGGCCCUGGAGAGACUGGACAACAAGAAGGAGUGCCUGGAAGAUGUGACGGCGGUGUGUAUCCUGGAGGCCUUCCAGAACCAGCAGAGUAUGCUGCUAGCAGACAAAGUCCUCAAACUGCUGGGGAAGGAGAAGGCCAAAGACAAAUACAAGAACCGUGACCCCCUGAUGCCUUCUCCUCAGUUCAUCAAGUCCUACUUCAGCUCCUUCACCGAUGACAUAAUCAGCCAGCCGCUCCAGAAGGGCGAGAAGAAGGACGAGGACAAGGACAACGAGGGCGAGGCCGCAGAGGUCACAGAAAGUUCUGGUUAUCUGAAGGCCAAACAGUACAUGGAAGAGGAGAACUAUGAUAAGAUCAUCAGUGAGUGCACUAAGGAGGUGGAGUCUGGGGGCCGGUAUACUGCUGAGGCCUUGUUGCUACGGGCAACCUUUUACCUCCUGAUUGGCAACGCCACCGGCGCCCAGCCCGACCUGGACCGGGUCAUCAACAUGGAGGACGCCAACAUCAAGCUCAGGGCCAAUGCUCUGAUCAAGCGUGGCAGUAUGUACAUGCAGCAGCAGCAACCUAUGAUGUCAACACAGGACUUCAACAUGGCUGCUGAGAUCGACACGCGCAACGCAGACGUCUACCACCACCGGGGACAGUUGAAGAUCCUUCUGGACCAGGUGGAGGAGGCCGUCGGAGACUUUGAUGAGUGCAUCCUGCUCAGACCUGACUCUGCUCUGGCACAGGCUCAGAAAUGUUUCGCCCUGUACAGACAGGCGUACACUGGCAACAGCCAGUCCCAGGUGCAGACGGCCAUGGACGGCUUUGAGGACGUCAUCAGGAGGUUCCCUAAGUGUGCCGAGGGGUACGCUCUGUACGCUCAGGCGUUGACUGACCAGCAGCAGUUUGGCAAGGCAGAUCAGAUGUACAACAAGUGUAUUGACCUGGAGCCUGACAACGCUACAACAUACGUCCACAAGGGGUUGUUGCAGCUCCAGUGGAAGCAGGACUUGGACCUCGGCCUGGACCUCAUCAGCAAGGCCAUCGAGAUUGACAACAAAUGUGACUUUGCCUACGAAACCAUGGGAACUAUCGAAGUUCAAAGGGGCAACCUGGACAAGGCAAUAGACAUGUUCAACAAGGCCAUCAACCUGGCCAAGUCCGAGAUGGAGAUGGCCCACCUCUACUCACUGUGUGACGCAGCAUACGCCCAGACUGAGGUAGCCAGGAAGUAUGGGCUGAAGCCACCCACACUGUAACUACCCUGUCACAUGACCCAAGACCCUCCCACUCUCCACUGCUGAACCUGAUUGUAUUAUAACUGCAGAUGUUUCAGUCAUUUGGUUUUGUAGACAUGCUGGAUAAAUAAAAAAGAGAAACUUGAUCUGUGACCAAAUAUCAGCAUUUCCCAAACUCUGUCCGGGGGGGGCAGGCAGGCAGAGUUUGGGAAACGCUGCACUACAUGAUCAUGUUUACGUCACGUUGAAUCGAGCUGUAACAAAGGAGAGGCUUUACUGUUCACAACCAAGGCCAGAACCCAAGCAUCUGGUAAUUAAUGGUCUUAACCCACACACCCCUCUUCCUCAAGGCCCUUAGUUUGACCCACACACCCCUCUGUUUCUUGGUACUUAGUUUAACCCAGAUCACCAACCCUUAUGAUCCUUCCUGUACCUCACUGUCUGGUGUGUUAUCAGAAACAUGUGAAUGGCCAUGUGAAACCAGGUAUAAUUCAACCUUCUAAAAGCAAAAGGGAGAUUCUUUCAAUAGACGUCUCAUUCUCAUUGACUAAUCCAUAUUCGGAAGUAUUUAACAUGAUUAACCUUGUAUGUUGCCUGCACACUGACAACGGAAUAGAGCUCCAAUGGACUGUUCAUUUGUUUGUUACUGUUCUCUACCACGUUUCUUUCCGGACACUUCCAUAUCCUCAAGAUGAUGUAACAUUAUCGAAUGGCUAAUUAAAUGAAGGAUUAAAAUGUUAGUCAAAUGUGUGUGUAUAAUGAUGGAUGUCUGUGUUUGGUGUAAUGCUGGAGUUGACGAUGUGUGGGAUAAGGGUCCUAAAGUAGUGUGGGAUAAGGGUCCUAAAGUAGUGUGGGAUAAGGGUCCUAAAGUAGUGUGGGAUAAGGGUCCUAAAGUAGUGUGGGAUAAGGGUCCUAAAGUAGUGUGGGAUAAGGGUCCUAAAGUAGUGUGGGAUAAGGGUGGAGUUAGGGUCCUAAAGUAGUGUGGGAUAAGGGUGGAGUUUAAUUUGAGGGGAUUGCCUGUUUUUUCUAUAUUCCGUACAGCAUGUGAUAUUUCUCUAAGUAAAUGUUGAUGCUGAAGUCAUCUGGCCAUGUUGGAAAUGCUGACGUGAACAUUUAGACCUGAAAUGAUUCAUGGCCUGAUUCAGAAUAAUUCUCAAUGUACCGCUUUUAUUUUUAUGUGGUUGUUUCCCCAACUUGUAGAUUCAGAAAAUGUCAGAAGGGACAAUUAUUUUAAAUAUGUUUUCAUGCUGUCGUAUAUUGCAGAGGGCAGGUAUGCCAUCAUAUGUAGUGGAUCUGUGGAUGUUUGAGGCAGUGCUACAGAAUAAAACAUGUGACUAUGUUGGGAAACAACACUGACAUUCUUCCCACACAGAGAUGUAUCAUGACCAAAGUCAGAGAGAGGACAUGGAAAAUAAAGCUGGAACUGACACGUUA